AAAAAGGGUGCCUGUCACUUUUUUUUUUUUAUAUUUCUUUCUCUCCUUUUUUUUUUUGAUUCUUGAAAAGAUGGUAUUGACAGACGAUAGCAAUGACAGGCAAAAGAGAUUAGCUGAUUUGUUGGCAUUUGUACAAAAGAAAAAGCAAGAUAAUGAGGAAUCCACGGCUGUUUCUCCUGCUGAUACCCCUCCCAUCAAGAAGCAAAAAACAGUCUCUUCUCCUGUUAAACCUUCUCAAGUCAAGAAACCCAAGCAUGCUUCUGUCCUUCCCAACUUUUAUUUCAAUAAGGACAAGACUUGCAAUCACCUCGAUCUUCCCUUAAGAUCUACGGUUGAAGUCCGCCCAUACCAAAAAGAAGCACUUGAUGCGAUUAUCGACACCAGCAACACGGAUCCUAGUCAACAUGUCGCGCGAUCGGGCAUCAUCGUCUUGCCUUGUGGUGCAGGUAAGACACUCACCUCGAUUCUUGUGGCCAGUGCUAUUCAGAAACCCGUGUUGGUCGUGUGUUCUACCAUCAUUGCUGCGGAACAGUUCUCUAAAGAAUUUUUAAGAUUCACCACACUGAUGGCAUCCAAGACAGGCAUGUUUGCAGGUUCAAAAAAAUGGCCUUAUAAUGGACCCUCGGGUGUGCUCUUUACAACCUAUACCAUGCUUGUCGACAGUAAGAACAGAACAGCUGAUUCAAAGCGUAUGUCUAGCUUUAUUGACAAGACUGAAUGGGGGUUGAUCAUUCUGGAUGAGGUCCAUUGUGUGCCUGCGAAUAAUUUUGCCAAGGCUAUUGCCAAGAUCAAGACCAAAGUCAGACUUGGUUUGACAGCCACCAUGUUGCGUGAAGAUGAACGUAUUGGCGACCUAGAAACCUUGGUAGGCCCUACACUCUAUCAUGCUAAAUGGAAAGAAUUGGCAGACAAAGGCUACAUUGCCAAAGUGAUCUGUACACAGGUCGAAUCAGACAUGAAUCCCAUUGUUCAACAGACACACGACAGCAUCCAAACACAAGGUCAUGGUAGUCUUUUAGGCCAUAGUCAUCAUCUCAAGACCCUGUUGGCUAUCUUAAAUCCAAAAAAGAUGCAGAUCUGUCAACGAUUGAUUCAAUACCAUGAAGCCAAAGGUGACAAAGUACUUGUGUAUUGUGAUCAUAUUGAUGCCCUGAAACUCUACGCAGAAAAGAUCCAGCGCCCUUUUAUUUAUGGUGGCACACCUACAGAUGAAGCACGCCAGCUAUUGUCUCGAUUUCAGAUUGAUGUGCCUGAGACAGAUGAAGAACUCACUUGGAAUCAGAUUGCUACUCGUCGAUCCUUAAAAGCCAAACAGAUCAAUACACUCUUCUUGUCUCGUAUAGGUGAUACGUCACUUGAUUUGCCAGCUGCCACUGUCCUGAUCCAAGUGUCUUCUCACUUUGGGUCUCGUCGACAAGAAGCACAACGGUUAGGCCGUGUGCUUCGUGCUAAAAAGAGAAAUGAAAAGGGAUUUUAUUCUCGAUUCUAUACAUUGGUGACCAACAGUACACAUGAAGUCUCAUUUUCAGAAAAACGUCGUCAGUUUCUAGAAGAAGAUUGUGGUUAUGGUUAUCAGAUUUGGAAAGUAGGUCAAGAAGAAGCAGGUGGAUGGGUUGUGGAUGCUACUCGGGACAGUACAAGUCCUGAUGAUGAUGAAGUCAAGACAGAUCCUCUUACCUGUACUAUUCAUGGUGCUGAUGAACGCCCUUAUGCUACAGAAGCUGAAGAAAAGAAACUGGUUGAAUUCUUGUCUAAUCUAAAGAACUAUCAAGUUGAAAAAGAAGAAGAUGAAGAGUUGUUGAUGGCAACAGGCUCAAAGAGAAAGCGAUAAGUCUAGAUUCUUUAUGAUUAAGUCGGCGAAGGGAUGUCGAAACGCAUCCAAUCAUAUAGACAUAGUUAAGAAUAAAUUGUUUUAAGACAUUUUAAAGAGGUACACUGUA